AAAGCGUCACCGGAAGUGACAGGGUUAGUUCCAUCUAGCUUGACGCCGGAGCCGCGUGCCUCGUCGGCAGCGGAGGUGGGAUGAGAGAGGGACCGCAGCGGGGACUGAGUGAAGGAGGUGGAGUCUGUCCCAGCCUGCAUCUGGCCCGCUCCCCUCUCUGUCACCCCGGGCCAAACCCGCCCAGCUCCUCUCACUCGCUCUCCGCCUGUCCUCCCGCACGGCUCGGCCCGGACACACACACCCACCCACCCAGGCAGGCUCACACACACCGAGAGGACUCGGAAUGGACACGGAAGGGAGCCAGAGCAGCCUGUCCGCCGCGGACUCCCCUCAUGACCCCUGCAAAAUGUUCAUAGGUGGACUCAGCUGGCAAACUACACAAGAGGGCCUGAAGGAGUACUUCUGCAAGUACGGCGAGGUGAAAGAGUGUAUGGUGAUGCGAGAUCCGGUUACUAAGCGCUCGAGGGGUUUCGGAUUUGUCACCUUCGUCGAUCAGGCUGGUGUGGACAAAGUUUUGGCCCAAAGCAGACACGAGCUGGACUCCAAAACAAUCGACCCAAAGGUGGCGUUCCCUCGGCGAGCUCAGCCCAAGCUGGUGACUCGAACCAAGAAGAUCUUUGUGGGCGGCCUGUCAGUGAACACAACCAUCGAAGACGUGAAGCAAUACUUUGAUCAGUUUGGCAAGGUCGACGACGCCAUGCUCAUGUUCGACAAGACCACAAACAGGCACAGAGGGUUCGGAUUCGUGACAUUCGAGAACGAGGAUGUGGUCGAGAAGGUCUGCGAGAUCCACUUCCACGAGAUCAACAACAAAAUGGUGGAGUGUAAGAAAGCUCAGCCCAAGGAGGUGAUGUCCCCCACCGGCUCGGCCAGGGGGCGCUCUCGGGUGAUGCCCUACGGGAUGGACGCCUUCAUGCUAGGGAUCGGUAUGCUGGGUUAUCCCGGCUUCCAGACCGCCACUUACACCAGCCGGAGCUACGCGGGCAUCACUCCUGGAUAUACCUAUCAGUUCCCUGAAUUCCACUUAGAGAGGACUCCCCUUCUGACUUCACCCCACCCCCCUGAGCUCACAGCCAUUCCUCUCACAGCGUAUGGACCAAUGGCAGCGGCAGCAGCGGCGGCGGCAGUCGUUAGAGGUUCCACCCCUUCUCGCUCCGCAGGAUUUCUAGGAACGAGCAGCCCGGGUCCGAUGGCCGACCUCUACGGGACGGCCAGUCAGGAGUCGGCUGUGAGCAGCUACCUCAGCGCUGCGAGCCCGGCCCCGAGCACUGGCUUCAGCCACAGUUUGGGGGGCCCUCUGAUUGCCACCGCCUUCACUAACGGCUAUCACUGAGAGCUGCAGAGCCGUAGACUGACAGCUGGAAGGAGUUGAAACUACGUCGGAGCUGAUCUGGUCCGUCUCUGUCCAGUCCACGUCUCCUCUGCUGCGUUCGGGUGGCCGGACAGUCGCCCCACCUCGCCCGGUGUCAGCCGCGUCCUGCCCACCUUACUGACACCUCACUAAACUCCACCUUUUUAGCAAAUGAAACAAACUUAAAAAAAAAAAAGAGAAAAAGAAACUUAUCACUACAUGUUAUA